AUGGCGGAGCCGCCGAGCCCAGUGCGCGGCACCGCUGCGACCGCCGCCCCCGUCUCGGAGAAAGAACCGCUCAGCAAGCUGCAGUCCCCUUCCGGGGACCCACCGGGCUCUGUGUCCGCAAAAAAGGUCCGGACUGAGGAGAGGAAGGCGCCGCGGAGAGUGAACGGAGAAGGGGGCAGCGGUGGGAACAGCAGGCAGCUGCAGCCGCCGCCAGCAGUACUUUCGCCUCAAAGCUAUGGCAGCCCCGCGUCUUGGAGCUUCGCCGCUCUGUCUGCUGUCCCCUCCGCGGCUCCCCCUUCCCGGAGCAGCGUCUCUUUCUCCGCUGGCUCGCCCGCCCCCUCCUCAGCCUCUGCUUCCUCGUCUCAGCCGCUGCCGCGCCAGAUGCUGGUCCCUCCUCCGCUGCUGCACGCUCAGCCCCGAAAUGGAGCCUGUAAUUUCGGCGGCCGAGAGGGGAACGGCUGGAACUCGUGCUUCCUCUGUGGCCUCUGUCCCCCAGCCCGGGCGCCGCGGGAUCUGUGCAAGUGGGGCUGGCGGGCCCCCGCGGCGUGCGGGGCUGAGGCGGGCGCCCGGGAAGGGCUCGGACCGGGAGAAGGUGCUGGACGCGUAGGCCACGCCGACGCGGUCGCGAGAACUCGCGCGUGUGAGUCGGCCUCCGACCCCAGAAAAGCCUGUCAAAAAGGGGGUGUGGAGAGCCCCGGCGUCACUGGCCGCGCCCGGAGGCCUGGGCUGGGCGUCCGUCUUAGGGAGCCGAGGCGGCGGGCCGGGCCCGAAGCGCGCCCUUUCCUAAGAAUGAAUGGAGACCAGAAAGUGGAUACUUAUGCCCAAGAAAAGCAGAAUUUCAUCCAGCAUUUCUCCCAUGUGCUCGCAGUGCUGACCGAGGAUGACCUGGGGCACACAGAGACGGGAGACGCUGUUGCCCGGUUCAAGAAGGUCGUAGAAUGCAAUGUUAUCGGAAGCAAGUACAACCGAGGUGUGACAGUGGUGGCUGUGUUCCAGGCGCUGGUGGAGCCCAGGAAGCAGGACGCUGACAGUCUGCAGCGGGCCCUGACCUUGGGCUGGUGGGUGGAGUUGCUCCAAGCUUUCCUCCUGAUACUGGAUGACAUAAUGGAUUCAUCCCUCACCCGCCGGGGGCAGCCCUGCUGGUACCAGAAGCCAGGCAUAGGUCUGGAUGCCAUCAAUGACGCCAGGCUGCUGGAAUCCUCUAUCUACCACCUGUUGAAGUUCUACUGCCGGGGGCAGCCCUACUACCUGCACCUACUCGAGCUCUCCCUGGAGAGUUCCUAUCAGACUGAGAAGGGACAGACCCUGGACCUCAUCACUGCCCCCCAGGGCAACGUGGGUCUCAGCAGAUUUACCCCAAAAGAGGUACAAACCCAUAGUCAAGUACAAGACCUCGUUCUACUCCUUUUACCACCCCGUCGCUGCUGCGCGUACAUGGCAGGCAUUGCCAAGCAGAUCCUGCUGGAGUUGGGCGAGUACUUUCAGAUCCAGGAUGAUUACCUGGGCCUCUUUGGUGACCCCAAAGUGAUGGGCAAGGUUGGCACUGACAUCCAGGACAACAAUUGCAGCUGGUUGGUGAUUCAGUGUUUGCAGCAGGCCUCUCCGGACCAGCGCCGGGUCCUGCAGGAGAAUUACGGGCAGAAGGAGGCAGAGAAGGUGGCAUGGGUGAAGGCAGUGUAUGAAGAGAUGGAGCUGCGGGCCCGUGUUCCUGCAGUACAAGGAAGCCAGCGUCUCCAGCCUCUGAGCCUCAUCGAGCAGUACUCCGUGCCGCUGCUGCCCUCCGUCUUCCACACAGGAUCUACAAGUGGCAAAAAUAAAAUCAAAGACAAAAUCAAAGAGAGAGAAAAAGAAAAAGAGAGGGAGAAGAAGAAACAUAAAGUAAUGAAUGAGAUCAAAAAAGAAAACGGUGAGGUGAAGAUUUUGCUGAAAAGUGGGAAGGAGAAAUCAAAAAUAAAUAUAGAAGAUUUACAAAUCAAAAAGGUAAAGAAGAAAAAGAAAAAGAAACACAAAGAGAAUGAAAAACGGAAACGUCCAAAAAUGUAUAGCAAAUCUAUUCAGACCAUCUGUUCAGGAUUGCUAUCUGAUGUGGAAGAUCAAGAUGCCAAAGGGAUCCUAAGUGAUAACAUCAAGGAUUACAUUGGAAAGAAUUUGGAUACCAAGAACUGUGAUUCCAAAAUACCAGAGAACAGUGAGUUUCCAUUUGUCUCAUUAAAGGAGCCACGGGUUCAGAAUAACCUCAGAAGGUUGGACACUUUGCAGUUCAAACAGCUCAUUCAUAUUGAGCACCAGCCUAACGGAGGUGCUUCAGUUAUCCAUGCCUACAGUAAUGAGCUCUUGCACUUGUCUCCUGUGGAGAUGGAGAGGUUUGCAGAAGAGUUUGUGGGACUGGUGUUCAGUGAAAACGAAAACUCUGCAGCGUUCUAUGUAAUGGGUAUUGUUCAUGGGGCAGCUACUUAUUUACCUGACUUUUUAGACUAUUUUUCAUUUAAUUUUCCCAAUUCGCCAGUGAAAAUGGAGAUAUUGGGAAAGAAAGAUAUAGAGACAACGACUAUGUCCAAUUUUCAUGCUCAGGUAAAAAGAACGUAUUCUCAUGGUACUUACAGAGCUGGCCCGAUGCGACAAAUCAGCUUGGUGGGAGCAGUUGAUGAAGAAGUGGGAGAUUACUUCCCUGAGUUCCUUGACAUGUUGGAAGAUUCACCGUUUUUAAAAUGUACACUGCCCUGGGGGACACUGUCUAGCUUGAAAUUAGAGACUCGAAAAGACAGUGAUGAUGGUCCUAUCAUGUGGGUUCGGCCAGGAGAACAAAUGAUCCCUGUGGCGGAUAUGCCAAAGUCACCCUUCAAGAGGAAAAGAACUACCAAUGAAAUAAAAAACCUGCAGUACCUACCUCGAACCAGUGAGCCCCGUGAGAUGCUCUUUGAAGACAGGACGAGAGCCCAUGCAGAUCAUAUAGGACAAGGUUUUGAAAGACAGACCACAGCUGCUGUUGGAGUGCUGAAGGCUGUUCAUUGUGGAGAGUGGCCUGAUCAACCCCGAAUAACCAAAGAUGUAAUUUGUUUUCAUGCUGAAGAUUUCUUAGAAGUAGUUCAGCGAAUGCAGUUAGAUUUACAUGAACCACCACUGUCCCAGUGUGUCCAGUGGGUUGAUGAUGCAAAACUCAAUCAACUGAGGCGGGAAGGUAUUCGCUAUGCCAGGAUUCAGCUGUAUGAUAAUGACAUUUAUUUCAUCCCAAGGAAUGUUGUGCAUCAGUUCAAGACAGUGUCAGCUGUAUGCAGUUUAGCCUGGCAUGUUCGUCUUAAGUUAUAUCACUCAGAGGAUGAAACUUCUCAGAAUACAGCGACUCCUGAAACAAGUACAUCGUCAGUUCUCACAUCAUCCGUUCUUGGACCUCACACUGACAGCAUGAUUUGUGCUGUAAGCCAAACCUCCAUGGAGUCUGUUUUUUCAGACAAACUUCAUUCUAAAUAUGAAUUACAGAAAAUUAAACAUGAACCUUUUACAUCUGUAAGAAUCAAGGAAGAGCCCAUGAAUGUUAACGUUUCUGAAAAGACUGGAGCAUCUGGUAAUGCGGACGGCAAGAAUGCUAGAGCAAAAUCGGAUCAUGUUCACUUUACAGAAAGUAAGGCUGAGGUGGACCCUAAGUUUGAAAAUAGAAACAAAGAUGUAAGGGAAGAAUUGUGUGCUGGAAGUCAGACUAGUCUCGUUGAAACAAGACAACAUGGUUCAACAUAUUCAAAUCAAGAUAGAAAAGACGAUGACAUUUUGUGCUAAAUUUGUACAUACCACUUAAAAUUCUUUUCUUUUUAAAAAAGUUUAAUAAUGUAAUAAAGAUUCAUGAAUUCUAAAAGCAAGCCAAGGGCUUGCUCCCAAGUCUGUUACAAAACAUAGUCUAUGUAGCUUUGUAACAUUCCUCAGUGCCUGUCCAUAACUGUGAAGUAUUAAAGCACUUAGGGCCAGAUGCACUGUAAACAUUGCAGGUUUAAACAUAAAUAUUCUUUAGAUCAUUUGAGUAGGUUUUAGAAUAGAGCUGACAUUUAUGUAUGCGCACGCGCGCGCGCGCACACACACAUUUUGUAUUAUGAGCCAGAAUCCUUUUACAAUUUAAGGCUUUUCCCAUAGAGCUUAUUUAUACAGAUUUUUUUUUUAUUUGAAAUGUCUCAGCACUAUAGUGUAAAUAGCUUUUUUUUUUUUUUUUUAAAGAAUCUUUUGUAGUGUGAUUUAUACGGAAAUGUGAGCCACUUAAUAAAGGUUCAUACGAAAUGACAUUUUCUGUUGGGUCUGCAAAAAGACAAAUCGACAUUCAGUUAAAUCAUUUAUCUGAUAUAUUAUGUUUUUCUCUGCUGAUGUAUCCAUUUAGAGUGGUAAUGGAGUACAAAUACAAGUAUUCAAAUCUAGUGACUAUUUAAAUUUCCACACUGUGCAAGUGUUUUUAAAAACCAAGGUUCUUUUAUGAGUGUGUGUGUGUGUGUGUGUGUGUGUGUGUGUGUAUGGGGCCUGUAUAUAUGUAUUAUCAUAUUGCAUAAUUUCUUAGGUUACUGAAUGAAAUGAAUAUGUGAAAUUUCUCAGCACUCCUCCCGGAUACAUUUAAAAAUAUUUAUAUUAAACAUUAAGAAAGCAGUUUAGAUAAUAGAAACACUUCUAAAAAGGAGAAAUAAAGUCUGUUGCUGAUAUCUAGUGCUUCUAAUUAAUGAAAUUGUGUGACGGGAUUACAUAGCUCUAAAAUAAUUUUUCUUUAUAGUGCAUGGAAUGAUAUAAUGAGGAGAGAUUUUUUUUACUGCUUUAGCCACUUGUACUUUAAUUAUAGUGGAGUAAAAGUCUUUCAUUAAAAAUGUUUAAUUGGGAGUGAUUAAGAUCCUCAUUUCAUGUAAAAUGAGAGGAAAAUUUGGCAAAUGCACAGUUGUAAAAUAAGAUCAGAGAUCAGUAACUCAACUGCCAUAAUCAGAGCUAAAAGUAAGAAAAUAAGAUGUGGUACCUCAAUUUUCUCAGGACCUCCCUCUAUACCCUAGCAAAGCAAACAUCUUGAAGUGCUUCCUUCAUAAAUGAGGCUCUAGAAUAAAAAGUUAAGGUAGGAAAAAGGAUUGCUAGUGCCUAGGCAGAGAAAUAAAUAUAACAAUGAACUUAGCAUUGAUUGAGACUUCUACUCUGUAAUUGAAAGUCCAUUAAAUGUCUUUGAUACAUGCGUUAGUGCAAGGAGCUCCAUACAUCACAAAUCUGUUUUAUUUUGUCUUUGGUGUUGCUCUGGAUUUGUACUUUGGUUGAUGACUUUAUCUGGUAGUAUUUGUGCUGCCUUCUGGACUAUUGUUGCCAUCCAUUUUAGUGGUUUCUGCUAAGCCUCAUUUGUAGUACCCAUAAAAAUGAUUCAUCUUUCUGGUUAUGGAGAAAGUCACUUAAACAAAAAAGGUUUUUCACCAGAACCAAAAAAAAGUUAACUGCAUAAAUGAUAAUAAUUCUAGCUCCCAAAUUAAUAAAAGGGUAGGGAAAUAUUGUAGGAAAUCCAGAUGCUGUGCAGGAAAUCAAUAUUUUUAAUAUAGGAAGUGUCACUGGAGUGGAAAAGACAUAAAUCAUGAUCAUGUAAAUAAAGAUUUGUUUUAUAUGUGGCAGUCCUAUCCUCCCUACCUCUUUAAUAUUCUAUUUGCUAGCUAAAUUUAUAGAUGUGUGCCUACCUUUUUGGAAGACAAAAAUUUAUAACAAAUCAGUAGUGAAAAAUAGGGAAUGUGGUUAUUUUUCUGGGGUUUGUUUUUUGUUGUUUUUAAUUGAAGGGCAACAUAUUAGGUUUGUUUUUAUUUUUAAUUUUCCAGGAAAAUUUAUUAGAUGCAUGAGAUCAUACUGUAAUGUCUUAAGGUACCUCUCUAAAAUAUAUGAGCCUUAAAGGAAAGCUUAUCAAAAACAACCAUAGUGGUUGCUUUUAGGUAUAAUUUUGUGUAUAUCUUAUAGUUAAAACUUCUCCAUAAUUUGAAAUUCUGAUGCAUAAAAUGCGAACUUUUCUGGGGAGGUUGACUAUAAUUCAUGGUUCAUGAGCUCAGAUUUCAAGAUACAACCUUGUUAUUGCCUUGAAUAAUGCUUAUUUUCCUUGUUUUUACGGGUUAUAAUUUUAAAAGUCUCUUCUAUGUAAUCUUGAGAAACUAUUGACUACCUUUGUUAUAUACAAAUAAUUUCUAUUUUAAUAUUGUAUUAUAUUAAUGGUUUCCUAGUUAGUACAUUCCAGCUCUUUAUCUAAACAUGGCUUUUUUCCCCCUCCCGCUUUUAUUUUCAAUUUCUUGGACCAGAACAAUAAAGCAUUUAAGAUACAGUUUCUGAUAUCAUAUACUAUAUAAAAUAAUCAAUUGUCAUGUAAAUUAUUAAUUUCAUACAUAGACCUUUGGGGGAAAAACUAAGGUACCUUACUGGUGUCUAUUACAGUGCUUUUUUGUUGUUGCUCAUACCCUUUUAGCUAUCUAAGUAGCAUAUUCCAUGCUCAGGUUAGCUGAUUAGCUAACAAAUGAACUAAGCAUUUGAGAUAUUUAGUUAAAAACUCUCUAAAGCCAUAUUCACUAGCUCCUUGUCACUAAGGCUGUUGGCCUUAAAUAAAGAUUAGGUUGAUCUAGCACAACACUUGUGUGUGUGUGGUGUGUGUGUGUGUGUACACACGUGUGUUUCUAUUGGAAAUACAUUUGUUUCCAUGUACAUUAAUUUUUAAUCCACUCUAACUUUUGGGAGACAUGUGGAGAGUAGAAAAGAUUUAUUUUUUUGGUUAUUAAAUAAGUCAAAGUAUUUUAUUAGUGUUCCUGAGUGUAAAAUAUUUUUUCCCUCUAUAGUUGUGAAAGGUAUCAUCAUUUUUGUAAAUAAUAAAUUAGCACUGUUUCUGGUAAAUUUGCAUUCAAUUAUUUUUUAGACGGUUCAUUGUCAUGUAAAGCAAAUAUCUUAAAAUUCAUUUUGCAUUUAACAAAGGUGCAAGAUUUGUUUAUGAAGUUUGAGAGGAAUUUUCCUUGUCUUCCACCUUUCAAUAAAUACUAAAAUUGACAACCAUAA